AUGAGGUUAGUCCCACGUGAACUUGAUAAAUUAGUACUUAGCCAAGUUGGAUUUUUGGCCCAGAAACGUCUCGCUCGUGGUGUAAAAUUGAACCAUACAGAGGCUACCGCACUCAUUGCUUCCCAAUUAAUCGAGCUUAUGAGAGAUGGAACUAAUUCUGUGGCUGACCUAAUGAACUUGGGAAAGCAAAUGCUUGGAAGGCGUCAUGUUCAACCGGAUGUUUUGGAAACGGUAUCCGAAGUUCAAGUUGAAGGUACUUUCCCGGAUGGAACAUAUCUGGUAACGGUACACGACCCAAUUUCUUCUGUUGAUGGUAACUUGGAACUUGCUCUUUACGGGAGCUUUUUACCGAUUCCUGACCAAUCCAAAUUCCCCAUUCCCACUUCUGAAACUGCAAAAGAAUCUGCCCCUGGUGCUAUUGUGGUUAAAGAAGGUAAAAUUAUAUUAAAUGAAGGAAGGCAUCGGGUAGCUGUCAAGGUUACUAAUUGCGGUGAUAGACCUAUUCAGGUUGGCUCGCAUUAUCAUUUCAUCGAAACGAAUCCUGCACUUUCAUUUGAUAGGCAUCUUGCCUAUGGUAAGAGACUUGAUAUUCCCGCUGGAUCUGCUACACGCUUCGAACCUGGCGACACAAAGACUGUAACUCUUGUUGAUAUUGGUGGAAAGAAAUAUAUUUCUGGAGGAAAUGAUCUCGCGUGCGGUGUCGUUGACCAUUCUAAACUUGAUUCUCUCGUCAAAUUACUCAUUGACAAAGGCUUUAAACAUGUUCCACAAAGUGAUAAAUCUUUAUCAUGUAAUCCCUAUGCAAUUGAUCGAGCUGCUUAUGCUGAUAUUUAUGGUCCAACUAUUGGUGACCGAUUGAGAUUGGGUAAUACAGAUUUAUGGCUAGAAAUUGAAAAAGAUUACACUAUAUAUGGUGAUGAAUGCAAAUUUGGUGGUGGUAAAGUCUUGAGAGAAGGAAUGGGUCAAUCGACUUCUGUAUCGGACGCUGAGGCUUUAGACUUGGUCAUAACGAACGCUGUGAUAAUUGAUUGGUCUGGAAUUUACAAAGCCGAUAUUGGUAUCAAGAAUGGUAUUAUUGCAGGUAUUGGUAAAGCUGGCAAUCCUGAUGUAAUGGAUGGCGUAACUCCUGGCAUGAUCGUUGGAGCUACAACGGAAGCUCUUGCUGGUGAAUGUCAUAUUUUCGUUGCUGGUGCUAUCGAUUGUCAUAUCCACUUUAUUUGUCCUCAAAUAAUUCCGGAGGCGCUUUCAUCAGGUAUCACGACUUUAAUUGGUGGAGGUACUGGCCCAAAUACUGGAACCAACGCGACAACCUGUACACCUGGAGCAACACACAUCGAAAUGAUGCUUUCUUCUACAGAUGAUAUUCCAAUGAAUUUUGGUUUUACUGGCAAAGGUAAUGCAUCUGAUCCAAUAGCAUUAAAAGAGCAGAUUCAAGCUGGUGUUAUGGGUUUGAAAUUACAUGAAGAUUGGGGCACUACACCAAAAGCUAUUGAUACAUGUUUAAGCGUGUGUGAUGAAUAUGACGUGCAGGUAAAUAUCCACACCGAUACUCUUAACGAAUCAGGAUUUGUUGAACAAUCAAUUGCUGCCUUUAAAAAUCGUACUAUUCAUGCUUACCAUUCCGAAGGUGCGGGAGGUGGUCAUGCUCCUGAUAUUAUUCGUGUUUGUGGUGAACCUAAUGUCAUUCCUUCCUCAACAAAUCCUACACGCCCCUAUACUGCAAAUACUCUUGAUGAACAUGUUGAUAUGUUGAUGGUUUGUCAUCAUUUGGACAGAAACAUUCCUGAAGAUAUUGCAUUCGCUGAAUCUCGUAUUAGAGCUGAAACUAUUGCAGCAGAAGAUAUAUUACAUGAUAUGGGUGCGAUUAGUAUUAUCAGUUCUGAUUCUCAAGCUAUGGGUAGGGUAGGUGAAGUUGUGCUUAGAACCUGGAAAACUGCCCAUAAAAUGAAAUUACAAAGAGGAAGAUUAGGAACCGAUAGUGAUGGACCAGCUGAUAAUUUCAGGAUAAAACGUUAUGUUGCAAAAUAUACUAUUAAUCCGGCAAUAGCUAACGGUAUAAGCCACAUAGUUGGCUCAAUUGAAGUAGGAAAAGUUGCUGAUCUUGUUAUGUACUCUCCGGCCUUCUUUGGUACAAAACCUGAAGUCAUAAUCAAAUCUGGAAUAAUUGUCUGGUCACAAAUGGGUGAUGCGAAUGCUUCAAUUCCAACUACGCAACCUGUUAUCUCAAGACCAAUGUUUGGUGCUUAUGGUGGUGCUGCCGCAAAGAAUUCUAUCGCAUUCGUAAGCCAUGUUUCAAUAACUGAAUCUAGGAUACAAAACUACGGUCUUAAAAAGAAGGUUCAGCCUGUAAGAAAUUGUAGAAAUAUUGGAAAGAAGGAUAUGAAAUUGAAUAAUUCUUUGCCAAAAAUUGAGGUUGAUCCUGAAACUUAUGUUGUCAAAGCCGAUGGUAAAGUUUUACAAUGUGAACCUGCUAAAGAGUUACCAUUAACUCAAACAGUUUAUUUGUUUUAA